AUGCCAUUACUCUCGGUGUGGACAGGGCCAUCUCUUCGUUUCGAUUUAGUAUUCGAGUGCUCCACGACCCGUGCUCGUGUGUGUCGCCUUUUCUUCCCCUCGCACUGCCCUGCAGGUCCGGUGGAGACGCCGGUUUAUAUGCCUGUUGGCACCCAGGGCACCAUAAAGGGGGUGACAGUAGGGCAGCUGGAGGCGAUCGACUGCCGUUUACUGCUAGGCAAUGCCUACCAUCUUGGUCAUCGGCCGGGUCCCGAGACGCUAAUUCUUGCUGGCGGACUGCAUGCCUUCAUGUCGUGGCCUCGUGGCAUCCUCACUGAUUCGGGGGGCUUUCAGAUGGUUUCCCUUUCCAAGCUCUCCUCUACCGAUGAGCAAGGCACGCAUUUCUGCUCACCUCACGACUCUUCCGAGAUGCUCCUCACACCGGAGGAAUCCGUUGGUCGAAUCCAAGCCUCCAUUGGAUCUGACAUUGUGAUGCAGCUUGAUCAUGUGCUACAUGUCAAGACUUUGGGGGAAGAAGUCUACGAGUCUACUCGACGCUCGGUUAGGUGGUUGGAUAGGUGUAUUGAAGCGCAUAAACCUCAACUUCGACACCAAAACCUCUUUGCAAUCACCCAGGGUGCCUUGUACGACGAUCUCCGAGAUGAAUGUAUCAGGGAGAUGACAAAACGCAAGGAUGAAGUGCAAGGAUUCGCUGUUGGUGGUUUGAGCGGGGGCGAGGCAAAGACUGACUUUUGUCGCAUCGUCCAUCAGUCUACAAGUCUGCUCCCCCGUGAUAGACCUCGCUACUUGAUGGGUGUUGGCUUCCCUAUUGAUCUGAUUGUCUGCGUUGCUUUGGGUUGUGACAUGUUUGAUUGCGUCUAUCCCACACGAACAGCCCGAUUUGGUCAAGCUCUUGUUGAUUGGGGGCUGAUAAGAGCUCCCGUUCACUACAUCUCCGACUUGGGCUUGUGGUUUUAUUUGGAGGUGAAUCUCCGUUUGACAAACUACACGUAUGACUUUCGUCCAAUUCAGUCUGGAUGUCCGUGUCCAGCAUGUAGUGGCAAUAUCUCGCGCUCCUGGCUCCAUGCUGCCUUUGGUGCUCGUCAGUCAAAUGCCGCCUCCUACGUCACCUUACACAAUCUGACCUACCUGCUCAAUCUCAUGCGUCAGAUUAGGGAGGCCAUUCUGGCUGACGCCUUCCCCCGAUUCGUUCGUGAGUUCUUCCAACGACGAUGCAGGCCGUCGAAGACUAGUUCUGGAAAUAGCGACUUCCACAUUGAUGUGGAGUACGAGUUCGACGAGGUGCCUUCUUGGUGUGUCGAGGCUCUGAAGAAAGUUAACAUUAACCUAUAG